AUGAGCCUCGCCGUGAUUGAGUACAACAGCGCCAUUGAGCUUGCUCCUCCUGAAGAUCAGCGCUUGCUGGCCUUUCCUGUAGUUGCACAACAGCAACAGCCAUCAUCUGCGCCAUCUUCCAAGCUUUCUGCUUCCCUCAGACGCGAUACCAUGAAAGCAGCCAUGGCCAUGGCGGCCAAAGAGCGAUCUAAAGAACCGAUUGGAUCACCUAAGCGUUCCUUAGAGACAGCAAUUUGCAGUAGUCCAGAACGACGCCAAUUUACGUCACACAGUAGUUCUUCUGUUGUUAGUCCCUAUCCCGCUUCAGCCGAGGGUAGCCCCGCUAAGAAGCACAAGAGAGAAUGCCAUGCCAAACGAGUGUCCUUCUCGGACAAGCGAUCGGUACUGGAAGUGCAAACAUGCCAGACCGAUCAUGAAAAGGAACAAGCGUGGUAUCGAUCGGAAGACUUCUCUCAGUUUGUCUACAUGGCCCAACACGACGCUCAGGUCCUUCGACAUGCCGCCGAAUGUGCCACCAGUGCCAAGGCACUCUACCAAUUCAUUCAAAGCAAUCCCGACUUGAAUCCACGCGGACUAGAAAAAGUAUUGCAUUACGAAGCCUGUGCCAAUGAUCAAAAUGAUACUGACGACGACGACGACGACGACGAGAAAGAGAGCGCCCUCACGUCGCAUUCCAAAAAGAUUCGCAUGCUGAAACAUCGGCAUCGGCGUGUGUUGCUCUCCAUGCAUCAAGUGCAAAAGCAAACGGGGUCGCACAAUCCGGAAGAAUUGCGCAAGUUUUCCGAAGACAGCUCCCAGUGGGCCGUGCAAAUGGCAUUGAAACUGGGACACAUUGAUGCCCAUGGGUUGAUAUGA